UGCUUUUGCUUUUCCCUUUCUUACCUCCGUGAUCUAUUACCCACUCAAAUUAUUUUAGGCUAGUUAUAUUAACUUUAUUAAAAUAUUUAUAACCUCGGUGGAAUUUUCAAAAUUUCAAAUUUCCCAGCGGGGCGAUGAGGGGCAGACGGCCGAGGGGCAUGUAGCCGGUGGAACGGUCCCAUUUCGUUUACAUUUUACAGAUUUGGCAUUUUUGGUACUUUUUUUAAUGUGAACACCGUCGAAAUGGCAUCUGUGAACAUACAGCUAUCAGAAUUCAGCGAUUUGUGCCGCCUUUGCGGUGCAAAGACUAGCGUUUUGAUGGGCCUCCACAUAUUCGACAGGGAGGGCGACCUUAGGCAGAUAUACAAGAAAAUCACAGCUUGUCUUCCAAUACAAGUGAACAACAAUGAUAAGCUUCCAAAAAUGGUGUGCGAAGAGUGCGUCUACAAAUUGGACGCUCUGUUCGAGUUCAGGGAAAAGAGUAUGAAAACAGAGUAUGCCCUGAACAACAUGCUAAAGUCACUGUAUAGUACAACAUGUAGCGAAACUCUCGGCAUACAGAUGGAAACGCUCAUCUGCACCCAGCCGCUCCAUACUGACAGCAUCCAUCCGCAUACCAGCCCUAAUGUCGAGGUGGAUGUCCAUAUGGAGAGUAAUGGCGACCACCUCGAUACAAUUAUGGGGAUUCCUCUCAAUGAUAAUUCAAGUAUAAAAUGCGAGCCAGAGCUUGUACUCAUAAAAAAUGACAACUCACUUUCAAAAGAUCUAUUGCCCGAUGAUAGCGAGGGCGAUGACAGAACGACAUUAACAGCAGUAGACAGUGCCCAUGACUCCUGCUCAAUGAACGAACAAAUAGAAAAUAAUAUUGAGAUAUCUGAAAUGAGAAAUGUACAGGCUCAAGAAUUAAAAACUAAUGGAGACAUCGAAGAAGGAAGAAAUUUUCUUGUGGCAGCACAGACAGAACAUCAAGAAACGUGGUACUUUUGCAACAUCUGUGGCAAACCUUUUGAAAAUAGUAGCGAGUUCCAAGAGCAUUGUGAAAUACAUUGGAAGAAAUGCAAUAUAUGCGGUAUCUCAUGUUCAAACGAUGAUUCUCUUCUGGCCCAUAUGCAGACUGCUCAUAGCCAGUCUGCAGUAUUGGAACCUCAAAUAGAAGCUGAUGACAAGUCAAAACCUGCACCGAAAAAAGAAGUAAAAGGGGAUGCUAAAACCUGUCAUGAAUGCGGAAAGGAAUACAGGACUAAUUACAAACUUGCUCAACACAUGAGGAAGCACACUGGUGAAAAACCUUUUAAAUGCUCAAUGUGUGAAAAGACGUUCAGGUCUAAAAUUGGUCUUGCCCAGCAUGAAGGGAAGCACACGGGUCACUACGACUACACCUGCAAUACAUGCGGAAAAGGCUUCCAGUGUAAGUCUUACUUGAUUGUUCAUCAGAGGGUGCAUAGUGAUUUGAGACCUUACCCAUGCGAAACAUGUGGGAGGAACUUUAAAACAAAGCACAGUCUUUUGGACCAUCAGAACCGUCAUUUAGGACUGAAGCCUUACCUCUGUGAAAUAUGCGGACGUGGUUUUAUAACAAAGGGCUUAUGCAAGAGCCACCAGAGGGUCCAUUCGGGGACGGACAACCGUCAAUUCCCUUGCUCAGUUUGCAAUAAAUUGUUUGUGAGCAAAUCGUACUUGGUGACACACAUGAGAAUUCACACCGGUGAGAAACCGUUUAUGUGCGAAGUCUGUGGAAAAGGCUUCUUAACGAGGGUUGACUUGAAAAUACACUCGACAAUGCAUACAGGCGAAAAAAGCUUCGUUUGCGAAAUCUGUGGCAAAGCAUUUGCGAGGAGAGAUGCACUGCGCUGUCAUAAACGUAGCCAUACAGGUGAGAGACCAUACAAAUGUGAUAUUUGUGGGCAAGGCUUCACCCAAUUCUCCCCUAUGGCCAUUCAUAAAAGGCUGCAUACCGGCGAGCGGCCUUACUCUUGUGAUAUUUGUAGUAAAACAUUUGUAUCAAGAUCCACGAUGAUGUCACACAGGAAAAAGCACGCCUCUUGACAUACGGCCAACUCGACUUCUUCUCCGACACAAAUGCCAAGUACCACACCGGUGACUUUGGCAACAAUCUCACCUAUCGACCCAGGUUCAUAUAGGCAGAUAUUUGUCGUGUCGGAUGCCACCACGUACACACCUGUGCCAAUGGUGGAGGCUGAACCAACCCACAGCCAGUAAGGAGCCGAGUUGUUGAAUUGCGAAUCUCAUAAAACAAGUGCUUUUAAAGACUUAUGUUACAGGUAUAAUUGACUUUUUCUUUGUGAUUUUUAAUAAUGUUGUGUCGUCUUAAAGGAAUUUUCUAUAAACACCGUAGAAAUCAAAAUUACGUUUUUUGUAAUAAAUGAAAUUCUAAAAGUGUGAACGUUUCUUCGCAUUUUAAAAACUUGUAAUAUUCAAGACAAAAUUGAAAUGUUACAAAAUAUUUUUAUAUUUAUAAUUCACGU